AUGUCGAAAUCUGCAGAAGCUGCAACUGAAGUUAUUCAAUCCGAAGUUGACCAUCUCGCAGACAAGAAUGUGGACAGUAAAGACACAGAACUGCGUUAUAUGGCUUAUGGUGCCAGAUUAAGAACUGCCCUCCGAGCAUCCACUCGUUACAUUGCCUAUACCAGUGAUAUCGGAGAGGCAUUUCGUCCAGUCGUGCCCCCAUGGAUAGUUACCGCUGCCUAUGGUAUCUCCUGGCUAUAUUUAACCGGCGACGUUGGGUACGAAACGUACAAGGCUCAUCGCCAAGGACCUUCAGCUUUAGAGGCUGCCAAUUUCUCUGAACCCACGAGGUUAGCUUUUACUGCGGUGCAAAGAGCGACCUUCCAAUCAAUAGCAUCCAUGGCUCUACCGGCUCUUACGAUUCACACUGCUGUAAAUCAAGCCAAGAAGGCAUUCGUCAACGUGAAGAACCCCCGCUUAAAAGUGUGGGGGCCUACAGCCACCGGGUUGUCCCUUGUACCUGGUCUCCCUUACAUUUUCGAUCAUCCAGUUGAACAGGUCACCGAAAAAGCCUUUGAAUGGAUAAAGAAGAGGGUGGCCGAUAACUCGAAGAAGGACGAGUUAUAG